AUGGUCUCCCCGGACACCAUCCGCACCGCCAUUGGCGUCAUCGGCAAUGGGACUGCCCUGGUGCUCUUUCUCUCCCCAUUGCCGACGUUCAUCCGCAUCUGGAAGAAGGGGUCGGUGGAGCAGUACUCGCCAGUGCCGUACGUGGCGACGCUCCUCAACUGCAUGAUAUGGGUGCUGUACGGCCUGCCGCUGGUCCACCCCCACAGCAUGCUCGUCGUCACCAUCAACGGCACCGGCCUGGUCAUCGAGCUUGUCUACGUCACGCUCUUCCUCCUCUGCUCCAGGGGCGCCGCCCGCCGCAAGGUCUCCAUCCUCCUCGCCGCCGAGGUCGCCUUCGUCGGCGCCGUCGCUAUCCUCGUGCUCAGCCUGGCGCACACCUACGAGCGGAGGUCCAUGAUCGUCGGCAUCCUCGGCGUCCUCUUCGGCAUCGGCAUGUACGCGGCACCGCUCUCCGUCAUGAAAAUAGUGAUCCAGACGAAGAGCGUGGAGUACAUGCCUCUAUCCCUGUCCCUGGCCUCCCUAGUGAACGCCAUCUGCUGGACUGCAUACGCCCUCAUCAAAUUCGACCUCUACAUCACCAUCCCCAACGGGCUAGGGGUGCUCUUUGCUGGGGCGCAGGUGGUCCUGUACGCCAUCUACUACAAGUCCACCCAGGAGAUCAUCCAGGCGCGCAAGCGCAUGGCAAACCAGGUCGCUAUGACCGAGGUCGUCGUCUAA